UAUUUAGCAUGUUCUUAUCGAAAUUUUUCGGUUUAUAUCGAAGUAAAUAUUGUCUUAAUUUUUUUAAAUAAUUAAACGAUAGUUUUCAAGACCCCUCCUAUUUUAUACAUGGUUGACGUAUCUGUUCGAUCAAAGCCUUAUAAUUACAGGCAUGUGUUCGUAUGACAUUUCACACCUAUUAUUCAUUCUGGAUGGACAGUCGAUUGGCCGGUCUCUUCGUACGUUAGAUUAUGUUUCAUUGAUUUAAUGAAAUGGUUAAUUGCAGUCAAAACAAACGUGUUACAAUGAAAGUUAAGAACAACUUCUUGCCUUCUCCGAAAAGAUUGUCUAGAUGGAAUUACUGCGUUAAGAAGUUCAUGGAAUUUUGCAAGAGAACAGAUCUUCAUGGCUUUAAAUAUAUCGCUAUGGAAGAGCUGACUGCUACAGAAAGAAGUGUGUGGGGUCUCGCGGUUUUUAUAAGCGUGAUUUGUGCAGCAUUCUUUGUCAUCACAGCCUACAGGUGGUAUGCCAGGAACCCUAUUGUUACCGUAAUAGAGAGCACUCAAGGUGCUAUAUGGGAUGUACCGUUUCCUGCAGUAACGAUAUGUGAUUUGAACAUGAUAUCAAGACGAGCUGCUCUUGCUUUUUCUACUAACAUAACACUUCCGGAAAAUAUUACCUCUGAUUUUAUAUUCAAGACUCUUAAGUUCGCUCCUUUAAUACAUUCCUCGAUCUACGCCGAUUCAUCUCAGAUGAGGGACCUCCACAAGCUGCAAGACGUUUUGGACCUUAACGACAUGUCCAUAGAAAAUCUAUUUAGACUGCUCUCUCCUAUGUCGUCCUGUAGCAACUUAAUCGAGCGAUGUAUGUGGAAGAACACCCUGUACCGCUGCGAACAGAUCUUCCAGCACAUAUUUACAGGUGUCAACCUUUGCUGCACCUUCAAUUACUACGCCGUUGAUGAUCCUGAUAACGUGAUAAGAUCAUUUCGUUUUCCAACACCGAGGCGAGUUGCGUCCUGCGGCUAUCAGACUGCACUAACAACAAUUCUGAAAACGGAUCCAACUGAUUAUUAUAGUACCAGUUUUGCUUCCCUUGGAUCAUUGGUGUUCGUAGAUAACGCAUACAAUGUCCCGGACCUGGAUUCAUCCGUUCGUAUGGCGAAUCCAGCAACCGAAGUGAUGAUCGCCGUGUUGCCGGAACGGACUUACACAACGUCCGGUAUUAAAUCCUUCCGAGCUGAAGAGAGAAAUUGUUACUACAAUGAUGAAAUACAACUAGCAAACUUCCGUUAUUAUUCAUUUCACAACUGUAUGGCGCUGCGUAAAGUACAAAUAUUGAUGAAAACAUGUAAUUGUGUUCCUUUUUAUUUCCCGCAAAAAGAUUACGGCAGAAUUUGCAACUUUCAUGACAUCGAAUGCCUGGAGAAAGUAAUAAAUCCAGCUUGGCUGAACGAUAAUGGUGAAAAUGAUAAUAAUCAUAAAAACGAUGAUCAAAAUAAUUUAGUUAACUGUAUGCCAGAGUGUGAACAUUUCGACUACCCAUUGGAAGUCGCUUUGGGAAGGCUCUCCAAACACAUUCCUCUCAGCGCGACGGCAUUCUUUGACAACAUUGUGCUAGAGAACCGUUCGGUUGUAAAUGUAUUCUUCAACGAUUUGGUCGCUACGCGCUACCGGCGUGAUGUUUACUUGAACUGGCAGAAUAUAUUAGCGGCUUUUGGAGGUCUCCUCAGCCUCAUGCUGGGCUUUACCCUCAUUUCGGGAUUUGACUUCGUAUUAUUUUUCUCAUUCAAAGUAAUAUACGAUUCUAUAUCAAGAUUAUUUAUCGGCGACGAGCACUAUAAUUCAUCAUUUACUGGUCAUAAAGGUUUUAUUUUAAAUAUCGAAGAACACAAGACAGACAAUUGGGUGAAGAAAGCGAAGAAAACAAAGUUUCACGAAGUCAUGGAAAAGAAAAACCAACUCGAACGAUACACGAAUCGAUAUUAACUUUAACUUUUGGUUAUAAUAUUGUUAGUUUCUUAAAUCUAAAUUGAAUAG